UGACAGUUGUAUUUGUGGUUAUACCUACCUAUAGAUUAGUGAAGUUAUAACUCCAAAAACCACCACCAUACCCAAUCCUGGAAAAGUUGUUGCCUGUGAAGGAUGCCUUCAGCUGCGAAUCCUAAGUCCGAAAAGCCGGCCUCUUCGGAGGCAACGGACAAUACACCAGUACGACAAGUCUUGACGAUUAUUGAACAUAAAAUCCGUAAUUUGGAAAAAAGAAAGAGUAAGUUGACUUCAUACAGAGACUUACAAAAAUCUGGCAAAGAACUAAAUGCUGAUCAGAAGAUAGCAGUUGCCAAGUAUGAUGAAGUAGCUCAGACAUUAGAGUUUGCUCGAGACCUCUCAAAGCAAAUAACGUCCAUAGCUGUCUCAACCGAAAAGGAAGCUAAAAAACAAGCAAAAAGGGAAACCUGGAUUCGCUAUGCGGCCGACACAAACAAGAUCCGUGAGGUCCUUCUCAUCUUGGAUUGCCUCACACAAAUGGGCAAUGCUGAAGCUAGGGAUGAUUUCUUGAAUGGGACGAACGGAGCAGCUAAAUUGACAGAGGAGGAUCUUAAAAUUCUUGAUGAUUUGUACCCCGAAGUGACGCCGAAACACGAGGCCAACGAGGAGGGCCAGCCCGGAUUCCCCGCCCACACGACGAAGGCGGCCGAACACAUCUACGCCAUCAUCGACGGCAAACCGAAGGAAAUCCUGGGCACCACGUACGCCCACAUCAAGGAGAUCAUCAUGACCGUACACAGCUGCGGCUACUUCGACAAAGUCUCGGACGACAGCGUGGCUCCCUCGCCGGGCGCGGAGGUGGCGCCGGAGGCGGAGGCCGAGCCGGCCGCCGAGCCCGCCGAGCCUGCGCCUGCGCCGCUCGCCUAUCCUGCGCCGCUCGAGCCGCACGCGCUGCCCGCCGCCUACCCGCUGCGCCCGCUGCCGCCCAUCACGCUGCAGGAGGUCGAGCACGCCUACUUCGCCCAGCAGUACCCGCAGCAGCGGCCGAUCGCCGAGGUCAUCGGCUCGCAGAACUUCUUCUUCCUGCAGGAGUCCGAGAUCGACAGCCCGGUCGGCACGCCGCAGCCGCCGCCGAUGAACCCGCCGUCGCCGCCGGGGCCCAUCCCGACGCAGACCUUCACCAACCAGCACUUCGUGCCGAUGCAGGAGCCGGGCCCGCUGCCGAUGCCGCCGCCGCACUUCCAGGCGCCCUACGUGCCGCUGGCCGCGCCGCUGCCGCCGCCGCCGCAGCCGCCCGCCGGCGCCGAGCCCGCCCAGCAGCCGCCGCCGGAGCGCGCCGAGCCCGCCGAGCGCCAGCCCUCCCCCGACGCCGACGAGUGGCGCGAGCCGCGCAGCCCGGAGCGCGAGGACGGCGCCGAGCGCAAGACGCAGGGCCAGGGUGACGGCCAGGGCAGGUUCCGGCGGUACCGCGGCGGCGGCGGCCGCGGGGCGCCCAACGGGUACCGCGGCCGCGGCGGCUACCGGCCGCACGACGGCUACCAGGGCCGCCACGCCGAGUACCAGCCGCGCGCCGGCAAGGACGGCCCGCCGCGGCAGUACAACGACAACUACCAGAGCCGGCCCAAGGACGGCUACCGCGGCCGCGACGGCUACUACGGCAACGGCGACGCCGGCGAGCACCCGCAGCACGAGAACGGCCAGAGCUACGGCGGCGGCUUCAAGAGCCGCGGCCGGGGCGGGCGCGGCGCGCGCGCAGCUCCCCGCCCGCCGCGCGCGCGCGCAGCCGGCGCCGCGCACGCGCACAGCAGGGACCAGCCCGACCAGUGA